AUGGAGAAAGCAAAUGCUCCAAAAUUGAAGUACAUGUACAUGUUAUUGAUCACGUUUGCGUUAGGCAUCAUAUUUGUAUCCCCGGGUAGUAGUACAGGAGUGAGCUCUUCGCCAGAUGAGUGUGGAUCAACUCUUCGUGCUGGAAUGGGAUUGAUAUCGUCUCCGGUCAAGCCGGGGUUUCCCAUCCAGUACCCUGCCGGCCUCCAAUGUGAGUGGACUCUUACUGCUCCAGCGAGUCGCCGUGUGAAAUUGCAGUUUUCGGAGUUCGACUUGCAAUCUACCAGUACCAGCUUGUGCAAAGAUGAUUUUGUGGAGAUUAUUCAAGAUGGUGACAAUGCCGAGACGUCUGUAUCCACAGUCUAUUGCGGACAGCAACUACCGCCAAUAACCGUCUCAGCGACUAACGUAUUGCGCCUGCGUUUCUUUACUGAUGACGUCAUCGGGGGCUCAGGAUUCAGCGCUUUCUACGAUACUGUUCCCAUGGACAACCCUGAUGCACCAAUCCUUGUUUGGCUCGAGCAGAACCUCCUAGAUUGGACAGCCAAACUGCAAAGCCUAACAGCAGAUCCGGCGGACUAUUUCUCGUCUGGAAACAUAGUGACCAACACCCUUCUGAAAUAUAGUCCGGCCAACUGGACCGCACUGGCAGCCGACUACCACGACCGUGUUUUCUUCUGGGCUGACCCACGCCUGAAGGUGAUUUGGCGCGGUCAGUUGAAGGGGGAGCAACUCAUUGCAGCGCCCCUGUAUCGCGGCACCUCCUCGAUGGUGCAGGGUAUCGCCGUAGAUUGGUUAGCUCGUACUGUCUACUGGACUGAUGCUUCAUACAACCACAUCAUGAUGAGUGAUUAUGAAGGGUCCAAACAUACAGUCGUAAUUGGGGAAGGAUUGGAGGUUCCCACUGGUGUCGCCGUGCAUCCACGACUUGGGUGGCUGUUCUGGACCGAUACGGGUACCGACCCAAGGAUUGAACGCAGCCGUCUGGAUGGACGAGAGCGUCGCGUAAUAGUCCGGGGCUCUGAAGCCGGGUAUGCGGUAGGACUCACCAUUGACCACUCACGUGAUAGGUUAUACUGGACAUCUCGGAGUCUGGACGGUAUGAGGAGCUCUAUCUAUUGGGCAACUACUGAUGGACAGUCUGUAACGGUGUAUACAGCAGUCGACUACAACCUCUACAGGUUUAACGAUUUAACCCUGUACAAGGAUUACCUCUACGUUACCGACUCAACAAAUCAGCUACAUUGCUACUUGAAGGAUGAGGUCAGGGGUCACUACUUCACCUUUAACCUCACACCACGUUUACCAUUUGGCAUUACUACGUACGCUGGAAACAACCAGAAUUGGCGAUCAUCUGGUUGUGAUGCAAAUCCAUGUGAGUUUCUCUGUGUCAGUGAUGGAGGGGAUGCAUACAGUUGUUUGUGUCAACAUGGAUUCACUGCAAUGCAGGACGGAACAUGUGUCACAGACUCUGACAUUCAGGUUCCACCACCCAAGGUAUUUGUGCUAGGCCGAACCAGUAUCUGCAUGUAUCCAGACAACAUCCAAGACCUACCAUCGCAUCCUGGUCAGUGCAUCCUGACAGAUUUACCCGAAGCAGUCGCAAUGGCUACCGACCAAGGGGAAGGGAUAUUGUUUUACAGCACACUCCAAGACAACAUUAUAUACAGCAUAAAACUACGCAGCAAUGAGAGAUCUGUGGAAGUUAUUGGUGGAACGACUGAAGUCAAUGGUAUUGCCGUAGACUGGCUUGACAAACUGCUCUAUUGGACUGAUUCUCGCUUGAACCAUAUUGCUGUGUCGAAGUACGACGGCACGCACCGAACAAUCCUUCUGAGUGACGAUGUCAGACAGCCCGGACACAUCGUUGUGGAUCCUCAUGCAAGAUUUAUAUUCUGGACCUACCUUGGAUCCUCAGUGGAGAUUGAACGAGCAGCCCUCGAUGGUAGUAACCGCGUGGUGAUUGUAAGGGGUGUUCUGGAGGCCGACGCUCUGACAAUAGACUUCGACAGUCAAGUACUUUACUUUGCUGAAAAAGGAACUGGUAUACGCGCUGUUGACUACAUGGGAUCCACAGACAGACUUGUGUUCAAGAAACACGGAUCUAUGAUAACUGGAAUGGAUCUGUACAAGGAUUAUCUUAUGUGGACAGAGCGGGCUCCAUCAAAUGAACUGAUUGCCAUAAACAGAUUUAACGGCGAGCAUGUGGGUCAGCAUUCAUUGGAUGGUCUGUUGGAGUCAGCCUAUGGUGUCAGCAUGUACGCCAACAGCAGGCAGAAAGAUGGACAAAAUCCUUGCUCAGACGGCAUGCAUGAUUGUGAGCAACUUUGUCUUCCUGCCCCAUUGCCAUCUAAUAACUACAUCUGCACAUGUGGAAUCGGUUAUAGACUAAAUGAAGACGAGACUUCCUGUACCUCAGAUAUUUUGAAUGACAACUUCAUUCUGGUGGCCGAUACGUAUCUCCAUGGCAUCUUUCAAGUUGACCUCUCCUCCCCUGACCUCACUCUUCAAGCUAUCCCAUUGGUCAACAUAUCCAACCCACUGUCAGUCGGCUACGAUCCGAUACAGGGAUUGGUUUAUUGGAGUGAUGUUACUGAGGGUUCAAUUAGUAGGGCAACUCUGCACGGUGGUAAUCAAGAGGUUAUUGUGUUGGCCAAGGAAAAUCAAGCCCCUUAUUCCAUAGUCGUAGACUCCAACUCAAGAGUAGUGUACUGGACAGACACUAUAAGUAAUACCAUCAGAGUGUGCCGCCUCGAUGGCAAAUACCACGUCACACUGGUAAAUACAUCUAGAAGUCCGCGAGCUCUGGCUCUACUACCGAAUGAAGAACUCCUUUUGUGGACAAGAUGGGGUGAGAAUGGCGUAGGUAUUGACAAAGCAUUCCUGGACGGUUCGGGGAAAGAAACAUUGAUAUCGGCCGAACAAGGUUUUUACCAUGGACUAGCAAUAGAUGAAGCAGAAAGACGAUUGUAUUGGACGAAUGGGCAAGCUCACAGUAUUGAAUCGUGUGAUUUGUCCGGCAAUUACCACCGUGUGAUAUCUCUCGGAAUAGACUCCCGACCCUUUGGCAUUCUCCUGAAAGGUCCUCAUAUUUACUGGACGGACCAUCAGAGCUUCAAUAAGCUGAUGCAAGUCGAUAAGGCAACGGGAUCGAACGUGGUAGCGGUCAGUGGCCUGGACCUUGCCCGACCAAAUGGUGUUUACAGCAGAAGCACAUCAGCGAGUCCAGUAAGUAAUGCCUGUACAAUCAACAAUGGGGGAUGCAGCGGUCUGUGUCUUCCGAAGCCCUUUGGUCAAUCGUGUUUCUGUCCUGAUGGUCUACCGGCAAACGAAGAUGGAAGCUGUAACACCAUGAACACUGCUGACUCAAAACUAGAAACACUUGAAAUGACGGAUCGACCACAUGACGUCACACUCCAAGUGGGCAUGGAGAUCUUUCAGAUGUGUGGCAGCAAUCAACUGUCGGCCAACAUUCAGUGGUGGAAGGACGGGGAGGAAUUACCACUAGGUCAAUCGGGAAGCAUGUAUGUUUUUCCCGAUGGCGGGUUGCAAAUCCUAGACGUUGAUGAAACACACAGAGGGCUUUAUACUUGCAUUGUGACUGCAGUCGACGGCAAGGCUGUGCAAGCACAUGCAGAGUUCCAAUUUGAUCCAGAUGACGUAUUCCUAGUUGAACCCAAAGCAGACAUUGUGAUUCCAGAGGGGGGUGAUGGUAUUCUCAUGUGCUCUGCAAUAGAGGCCUCUUAUGUUAUCCACUGGGAAAAGAAUGGCGAGCGAGUUCAAUUCUCAGAUAUGAUCCACAUGUAUUUGGGGGAUAAUCUGAUAAUUCGUCAGGCGAUUAUCUCAGACUCUGGGGUGUAUACCUGUUAUGCAGAAACGUUCGGUAGUGGGGUGCGUGUUGCAGAGGUACCUGCCAAGGUCACUGUAGAACCACAGCAAGUUGUAGAAGAAGUGUGUGGCAGAGUAACAUCACCCGAGGCAACCGGGAUAGCAUCAGAAUCCAGUAACGCAUCCCAGAGCGAUAUCAAUGAUGAUGACCAGACCUUCCGCAUCGUUGGAGGUACUACUGCCAAGAUGGGAUCGUCCCCUUGGAUUGCACGUAUCUGGCUGACUAAAGACCGCAAACACUUCUGUGGUGGGACGCUAAUCAACCGCUUCUGGGUCAUCACAGGGGCUCACUGUAUUACUGAAUACUCGGUGACCAAGGCCGACAUCAAGAUCAGGCUGGGUGACCACGAUAUCUACUCGACGGAGGAAAACGAGCGACUGAUUGGCGUGCAACACAUCAAAGUGCACCAGAACUUUGUCGCGGAUGAUUAUGACAGCGAUAUAGCCUUGAUCAAGCUUGACGAACCGGUGGAGGAAUUCACUGAUUACCUCCGUCCAGUGUGCCUUCCCAGCAAAGCCUUGGCAAGGGCCCUCCUGGUUUCUGGGCGCAAGGGUACCGUCGCGGGUUGGGGUAGGCUGGUUGAGGGUGACAGUUCGCCCUAUCCGCGUUUCCUUAAGGAGAUAACGGUACCCGUUGUUGGACAGCGAAAAUGCAAAGCCUCCACCAGAUAUCUUGUCACUGACAACAUGUUCUGUGCUGGUUACAAGAAGAAAACAGCUGAUGCGUGUAGAGGCGAUAGUGGGGGACCAUUUUCCAUAGAGCAUGAGGGUAGAUGGUAUCAGCUUGGCAUUGUUAGCUGGGGAGAGGGUUGUGCCAGGCAAGGCAAUUAUGGGUUUUAUACCAGACUCAUUAAGUUUCUCAAGUGGAUGAAUCAGUAUAUAGAAGAACAUUAAUCAUGGAAACAAAUCAACAAGAUUCGUUUUAGUUCUCAUUUUGAGACAAAAAUCAGGACUUGUUGAAAUUGAUCAGGAGGAAACAAAAUUGUGUUUCAAUCUGAAAUUAUUAAGCUCAUGUCAUCACUAGUCCACAAGAGAAAUAUUUUUGUAUUAAACACUGUCUAGGUUGAAAAGAUAGCAUCAAAAUCCUUUUUAAAAUUACCAUAGCUUAUUUCUCAAAUGUUGCAAUCGAAGUAUGCUCAAUAUGAGCUGAUACAAAAAUCCCUCGCAAAACAGAAGCAGUUUUUGUUGUUUUGAUAACCUCCACCAAUUUUGGUUGAUAUUUCACAGGUUUAACAAAAUUUAUUAUUCAUCAUAGUCAUUAAGUCGAGCGCCAUGUGGAAGGUUGAGCCUGCCCAGUGAUUUUUGUCCAAAUAUUCUGAUUUAGCAUGCAGGAGCGUAAUUCCUCAGCGCUGGCAAAACGGGUGUCUCGUUUCAGGGUGUCUACUAAGCUAUUGGAUAUAAUUGAUACCUCACGACUAUGUGCAUUUACCCAUAGAAUAUUUUAGUGGCAGCAAUUUCUUAAAAAUGACCCCCGCCCCCCCCCCCCCC